AUGGCGCCCUCGACAAUCAGCCCGCCGGAUGAUAUCGACUCACAGUCCAACACUUCCCGCAAUGACAAUGAUUCUGCAAGCGAAGCAGAUUUUCCCGACCCGCCGCCCAAGCGCAGGCGUCUCUCGCACGACAGCGCCGAACUUGGUCAGUCGACGAUUCCAGCAACAUCGCUUUCUAGAGUGAGGAAGUCGGCUGCUCCUCCUCCUCUGCUACAUGACGGCUUGACACCGUCAAGAACAGGCCCCUCUGUUCCCACUACAUCCUCCACCUUCGAGUCACUGAACGUGGCGCCAUGGCUGGUGCGUUCGCUUGCGGCCAUGGCGAUCCAGAACCCGACCGAGAUCCAAAGAGCAUGUAUACCGGAGAUCCUCAAAGGGCGAGACUGCAUAGGAGGAUCCAGGACUGGAACGGGCAAGACGGUGGCAUUUGCGGUUCCCAUCCUCCAGAAAUGGGCCGAGGAUCCGUUCGGUAUCUAUGCCCUGGUACUCACGCCGACACGCGAGCUGGCGCUACAGAUCUACGAACAGUUCCAGGCGCUGGGCACGCCGCAGAACCUGAAAACCGUCCUGAUCACUGGCGGCACCGACAUGAGACCACAGGCCGUGGCCCUCGCCCGGCGGCCGCAUAUUGUCGUGGCCACACCCGGUCGAUUGGCAGACCAUAUCCUCAACUCGGGCAAAGACACGGUCAUCGGCCUGACGCGGGCCAGAGUCGUGGUCCUCGACGAAGCUGACCGCCUCCUCGCCCCCGGACGAGGCUCGAUGCUACCGGAUCUCAACACCUGCCUCUCCGCCCUCCCGCCGUCGUCGGCUCGCUUGACCCUGCUCUUCACCGCCACCGUGACUCCGGAGGUUCGGGCGCUGAAGGAACUCCCGCGGCCCCAGGGCCGCCCGCCCGUUUUCGUCUCUGAAAUCACAGAUGCCUCUGACCCGUCGAGCGUAUCCAGCCUGAUCCCAUCGACGCUGUCGCAAACGUAUCUCCAGAUCCCCAUGACACACAAGGAUGCGUUCCUGCACGUCCUGCUCCUCGUGCCGUCCAUGACAAAGCCGCCCGAACCGAGCAUCAUCAUCUUCGUCAACCGCACAGCCACCGCCGACAUCCUGCACCGCACACUCCUCCAGCUCUCUCAUUCAGUGACUGCGCUGCACUCGGAGCUCGCCCAGAUCCAGCGGAAUCGCAAUUUGGCAGACUUCCGCGCACGCAAAGCGCGCAUCCUCAUUGCCACCGACGUGGCAUCUCGAGGUCUCGACAUCCCCGACGUCGAGUAUGUCAUCAACUACGACGUUCCGCGUAACCCUACCGACUAUGUCCACCGGGUUGGUCGAACGGCUAGAGCGGGUCGAAAGGGCACCAGCAUCACCUUUGUCGGCCAGCGCGAUGUCGCUUUGAUCCUAGCCAUCGAGGAGUACGUCGGCACCAAGAUGGUCGAGUGGACCGAGGAGGGAGUGAACGUCGAGACCAGGGUCGUCAAAGGUCGGACCUUGAAGGACGUCGCCGAGGCCAGGAUGGACGCUCUCCGAGACCUCGAGACCGGCAAGGACGUCAAUGGCUGGAGACGGAAGAUCAAGAAGGACCGCAAGCGCGCCUUAGACGGCUGA